AUGUCGUCGGUAUUAUUUGAAGAUUCGUUUGUUGUUGACUCAACUGAUCCGGGAAGAUACAAUAAAGUCAGUAGAAUUACUGGCCACUCAUCCACAGCUAAGGACAUUACAAUUACACUAGAUAUUAAUAGUGAACUAUUCCCAGUGAAGGAAAAUGAUUCAUUGACCAUAGCACUAGCGUCUUCUUUGGGUAACGAGAGUUCAAUGCUUACCUCAAAUGGUUCAUGGAGGCCGCCCAAACCUGAGGACAGAUCUAUAGCAGACGAUUUUGAUUAUGUCAUGUAUGGAACAGUUUACAAGUUUGAAGAAAGUUCAGAUAGCGAAAAAAUGUCCGUGUACAUAUCAUUUGGUGGAUUAUUGAUGAGAUUGGAAGGUGGAUACCGUUCCUUGAGCAAUUUGAAACAAGAAAACGCUUACAUCUUGAUUCGUCACUACAGGGAUAUCUAA